CCUCCCUUGCCGAAUCUUUCUUCACCUCUCGUCGUCUCUGGUUCGCCCUCAUCGCUAUGAAGAGGCCUCGAUAUCUACUGAUCCCUCGCCUCCUCCUCAUCUUUUACGUUUUCUUCUGCCGUAUUCCUGGAAUUAUGUCAACAAGGCUCGUUACCCUGGGGUCAAUUGAACUAUAUCAAACUCAUGAUUGGUUUCCUUCCAAACCAACCAUUUAUUUUUCUUGUCAAGGAGGAAAAAACAGGACAAUUUUGCCAGAUGUGAGGCAAACAAAUAUUUUGUACACUUUCAAGGGUGAAGAAUCAUGGCAGCCUCUGACGGAGCUUCCAGUUAACAAAUGUAAGCGAUGUGGUUUAUAUGAGGAGGACGUUAUAAAAUCUGAUGACGUUUUCGAUGAGUGGGAGCUAUGUGCUGAUGACUUUGUUGAUGGAAAAUAUUCUCAUUUCAAGGACAAGGAAUUCAAUGCCACAUUUAUAUGCCUCGAGUGCACUGCUUCUGCUGACUCUACUCGAUCUGUCAGCUCAGACAGGAAGGCUGUGGUCAAGAAACCGAAUGUGGCUUUAGUGGUAAUCCUCUGCGUAUUGGCUUCUGUUGUAACUGUCAUCGGAAUGGUGACUGCAUAUAAACUCUGGCAGAAAAGAAAGAGGGAGCAAGAUCAGGCACGAUUUCUCAAACUCUUUGAAGAGGGUGAUGAUAUUGAAGAUGAAUUGGGUAUAGGACGUGUAAUAUAAAAGUAACCUUUGUGGAUUUAAAGCUUGUGUAAAUAUUCUCAGUGAUCGAGUAUCCAGCAUUCGAAAUUUUUGUCUAUCCUGUGACUUGGCUACCUUGUAUUUGUAAUAUAGAUUGCAUCUGAGAUUCUUCACUUGCAGUAAAUCAUGAGAAGAAACCUUAAAUCUGCUUA